GUAGUGUUCAUCAAACCGUUAAUGGCAUUUUAGUUAUUUUUCCGAUGCUUCGGGUUAUUUCCUACUAACAGCAACAACAGCACCGUAUGUUUGAAAUUCCUGCAUUUGGUUCUUCCUCUUCUUCUUCUUCUUCUUCUUCUUCCCGCAGUUUUAAAAAUCCUGACUUCCUGAGAGCUAACAGUUCCAGAGCAGAGCAGGUGGUGGCAUCGCCUUUCUCUAAGGAAUCAAAACUACCUGAAUCCAUCCAGUUUUGGAGGUUAAUAAUGGUGAUGAAGGAAAGGGAUGAUGAGCUAGCGUUGUUCCUGGAAAUGCGAAGGCGCGAGAAGGAGAAGAACAAUCAGCUUUUCCUGCUUCAGAACUCCGAUGAUCUCGAUACUUCUUUAGGAUCCAACGGCGGGGGUUCUUCGGUGUCGAAGGUUGCGUCGUCUAUGCCGGUACGGAAGACUGCUGCGGAUAAUUUCUUGAAUUCGGAGAAUGACAAGUCUGAUUACGAUUGGCUUCUUACUCCACCUGGAACGCCACUCUUUCCUUCUCUGGAGAAGGAUGCACAGAAAACUCUAAUGAGCCAGAAUGCCCGUCCAACUGUGCUCAAAUCAAGGCUGGAAAACCUCCCAGAGGAACCUGCUCCAAGAAAUAAACUAGCAGUGAAACAUCCAACUUUGCCAACUGGUCAGAACACUUCAAGUACCAGUGGCAGGAGCACCAGUAAUAGAAGGCCAUCAUUAUCUGGGGGGCCAAAAUCUUCCACUAGACCUUCAACACCAACCAGCAGGCCCACUUUGCCUACAGUAACCAAACCAUCAAGAUCAUCCACACCUACUUCACGAACCACUUUGCCUUCCACAAAACCUGCUGCUUCUGCUAGAUCCUCAACUCCAACAAGAUCCACUGCACGUUCAUCAACACCGCCUGCAAGGUUGUCUAUUCCAACUUCCAAGUCAACAUCAAGAUCAGCUACACCAACACGCCGACCAGCUAUUUCAUCUGGUGCACCUAGUGCGGCUGCACCUCUUGGUCAAUCUUCUUUGACAAAGUCAGGUCCCACUCCAUUGAAAAAUCCUGUACCAUCACGAGGUAAUUCUCCAACAGUCAGGUCUAGGCCUUGGAAACCUUCUGAGAUGCCAGGAUUUUCACUUGACACACCACCAAAUUUGAGGACAUCAUUGCCUGAAAGGCCAGCUUCAGCCUCCCGGGGUAGGCCAGGAGCACCUAGUGUUAGAUCAUCUUCUGUUGAGGCUAGCUCUAAUGGAAGACCAAGAAGACAAUCCUGCUCACCUUCUAGGUCUCGGACGUCAAGUGGUAGUGCCCAUGGUAAUGGUAGUUUCGUUCGUCCUGGACAUAAAGUGGAUUCUAAUUGCAGUGAUAACGAGGGCCCAGUAGUAAUUGGAACGAAAAUGGUUGAGAGGGUGGUAAACAUGAGGAAAUUGGCACCCCCAAAGCAUGAUUAUGAUCUUUCUAACCACAAGAAUCCAACUGGAAAGUUGUCUUCUUCCCUUGAUAGCUCAGGCUUCGGGAGAACACUGUCAAAGAAGUCUCUAGAUAUGGCCUUGAGACAUAUGGAUAUCAGAAGGAGCAUUUCAGGUAAUCAACGUCCACUUAUGACAAAUGUUCCAGCCUCCUCGAUUUAUAGUGUGAGAUCAGGAUCCUCAAAGAGCAGGUCUAUUAGUGUUUCAGAUUCUCCUCUCGCCACAAGCAGCAUUAGCUCAGAGCCAAGUGUGAACAAUAAUUCCAUUUCUUUGGAUGGUUGUGAAAUGGAAGGCCAUGGUUUUAGUAGUGAGAGAGGAAACUCCUCCCCUGCUAGACAGCAUGCUAGCUGAUCAAAAAGACUACCAUCCAAAAAAGGACUUUGGUUCUACACCUACUCAUAAGUGGAACAUCAUCCAGCAUGAUUAAGAAACAACCCAUUUCAUGAAGAAGCUGGAAAAUGGACAUGUCCUGUCUGUAAACUGCUACUGCUUGUCAGUGAUCCUUAAUUAUAUUAGGAUUAAAACCAGCUAAAUUUUGAUGUCACCCUUUUUCAAAAAGGUUGAACCUUCAUUUUGGUCCCUCAAUUAUUGUACAGACAGUUGAUUUAGUC